AUGGCUUCUCCAACAUCGACUUCGACGUCUUCGACAAGUCUAAGCUCGCAGACAGUCGAUGAAAAGCGAGACCAUUCAUUGGGUCCAGAUGCCGCAGGAGCACAUCCAUCACAGCCUGCUUUAAAUCCAGAUCAUACGUUCAUCACUUGGACCUCACCAACCGAUCCCUCAAAUCCCUUCAACUUCUCUUCCUCGAAGAAAUGGCGUACCACGCUUCUAGCCUGUACCAUGACGUUCGUCGUGCAAGUCUCAGGGACGAUGCUCACCUCCGCCGCCGAACAAAUCAACGCCAGCUUCAACAUUAGCGACGAAGCAUUUCCACACUCGUACUGGCCGGUGUUAAGUUGGAACUUGGGAGGCGCCGCGGCACCACUGCUAGGACUACCUUUGAUGGAGAACUUUGGGGUACGAUGGAGUUAUCUGGCCAUCUACGCGGUGUUAAUCAUCUUCAUCAUUCCACAAGCGCUAGCCAAGAACUUCGCGACAUUGAUUGUAACGAGAAUCAUUACGGGGUCGUGCUCGGGUGUGCUUGCGAAUAUAACGUCAGGUAUUGUGAGCGAUAUAUGGAGAGAUGGCAGAGCGAAGAGCUUCGGUACUUCACUUUACAUCUUUGCACUGCUUGCGGGACUUAGUAUGGGGCCUGUGUUUGGUAGCUUGGUUGUGCAGUAUACGACCUGGCGAUGGAUCUUCCUUAGUCAGAUCAUCUUCUACAGCGCCCUUAUACCGGUAUUGUUCUUCCUCCUCCCUGAGGUUCGACCCGAUGUCAUCCUCACUCAGCGUGCACGUCGUCUUCGCGCGGAGACCGGGAAAGAGGUAUACGCCCAGGCCGAAAAAGAGCAUACGAGCUUCGGCGAGGUCCUUAAAGAGACGCUUGUACGACCCACACGCAUGCUUUGCACCGAAGGCGUAGUCCUUUCCUUUGGGAUGUGGAGCGCUUUCUGCAUCGGCACGGCAUUCAUGUUCACGCAAUCCAUCGUACAAGUUUUCUCGGAGUUGUACGAUUGGUCUUUCUUCGGCACGGGUCUUGUGCAAUCCGCAGUCGUCAUCGGGGAGCUUAUCGGCCUUGUCGCAUCUCUAGUACAAGAUCGCAUCUACUUCGCUUCCGCGAGACGUAACACCGAUACUCCAGGAAAACCGAUCCCGGAAGCACGGCUUUAUCUCAGUAUUCCAGCUUCGUUCAUCGGCCUGAGUGGUGGACUGUUCUUUUUCGCCUGGACGUCUUACGCUUCUAUCCCGUGGGUUGUACCUAGUAUAUCGCUCGCUUUCGUUGGCUUCGGCAUGUUCUGCAGCACCGCUGGGGUGACGACGUAUGUGGUUGAUGCGUACGCAAAGUAUGCUGCUAGUGCUAUUGCAGGCAUUGCGUUUCUUGAGAACUUCAUGUCAGCUUUUUUACCACUUGCUACACAGAGUAUGUACCGUACGCUGGGCUUUAAUUGGGCGAGUAGUCUGUUGGGCUUUAUUGCCUUAGCGCUGAGUUGCAUUCCUUUGAUACUGUUGAGAUUUGGGAAGAGCAUACGUGGAAAGAGCCCGUUUAUGAGCGAAGCGGGGUAUGAAUAUUAA